CGAAGUGAUAUGAAGAGGAAACAAGGAACCCUUCUGAGUUUUGGAUUUGAGCGUCAAAAUUCCAACUCUCGAAUCGAGGAUCUCAAGUCAACGCCUGACUCUUCAAUUAUUCUGACUGAGCCAGAUUAUCCACCAAAGCGUAUCAAAAUCUCUGAAGCAGACAUAGAAAUUGCUCUAUCAGACGUCACCAUGUGGAGAGAUUCUUCUUCAGCGAAUUCGGCAUUCUCCCUGAUCAACUCACUGCAAACAUUCGACUUCAUAAUUGCCCUCUACACUCUGGCUGACGUCUUGACCAUCACCCUGCCCAUUGCCAGGAGCAUUCAAGCGGAGGACAUGGACUUAGUCUCUGCAUUUGAGCAACUCGACGCAUUGAGAGCAACAUUGGGAACGUGGCGUCAAGAGGCGGAGACUGCUUUCUCGAAGAUCUUUUUAGAAGCUGCAGAAAAGGCUGAACUUCUUGGGAUUGUUGUGAAGUUACCUCGGACUUCUCAACAAACCAAGCGUUUCGAUGCUCCAUCGGCAUGCCCAGAGGAAUAUUACCGACGUGCCUUGUUCAUCCCGUUUCUCGAUGAUAUCCUGAUGGACUUAUCAAGUCGAUUCGUCAUUUUGUUCUUCACAUUCCACGAGUAUAGGCCAGAUUUUCCUGGAGUCUCUUUCCAACAGUUGAAGGAUUCUUUUUGGUGUGGAGCCCUCCUCAUGUCCAUGGAUGAGCAGAGGGGAAGAGUCCCCGAGUUACUACGCCGAGUAGUAAUAGCGGACCUCCUCUCGCCCCUUCACGCCCUCACCUCUGCCCUACAGCCAGUCCGUCUUGAACCUCCGGCCGGACAGCAAGGGCGAGACCGUCUCGAACCUUCGGCCGGACAACACGUGGCGUGUCGAGUCACGCAGCCUGACCCUCACAGCCGGAAGAACCGAAACCGACGCCGCAAUCUCCUCCCUCCGCCCGAGCGACAGCGACACAAUGAUGCUCGCAGGCACGACGGGCCUCCUCGUCCAGGACUUCCUCGUCAAGACCCUGCUCUUCCUCCGGGAUCUCGCGUAUCUGCACAGCGAGGAGGCGCGAGGCAACCAGAGGUUGUGAGACGGGAAUACCUGGGAGAGGGAGAAAAGGCGCUGGAGGCGUUCCGGUCGCAUCUGAACUCCACGGACUCGUGGACGCUGGAGGUGGAAUACCCCGAGGACGAGAUCACCGUCCGGUCGCAGUUCCAGCCGCAUCUCGGCAUCUACUUCAUCUACACCGAGGUGGGUCGACGGCUCUCGGCGGUGCUCAACUACGACUUUGAAUGGGCAUUUUGGAACACCUGGGCACCCGCCGGGCAGAAUCACGAGUGGUACAAGGAUUUCAGCCAGAACGAAUUCGUUCAGUCGAUAUCCAAGGAAUGUCGGAUCAUACGCGAGACGACGAAGCCGAUGUUCGGCGGCUUGAUCGCCGCGAGGGAUUUCGUCUCCAUCGUCUGCCAUAGGAAGAUCGGGGACACCAUCUACUGGCCCUUCAGCAACGUCACCUGGCCCGGCCUCCCCCCGAGACACGGAAUCGUCAGGAGCGUGGAACAUCUGGGGAGCGGGCACGCGUUUUCUAAACACAAGGAAAACAAGAAAAAAUGCAUAUUCCGCUGGGUAAACGGAAUGGAUUUCCGAGUCCCGUUCGUGCCGAUCGGAAUCAUUAAGGGCUUCGCCCUGACCAAUCACAAGAAAUUCGUCCUCGCCUUGAGAAAUCACCUGGACGCAGCGGCCGCUUCGGCCUGUAAUGCCAUCGCGCCAUCCGACUCCAGUGAAAAUAUUGGAAUCAUCUCCAAGGAAAACAUUGGAUCUCCUGAUCCGAACGAAGCGUUCCCAUUCGUCCUCAUGUGUUCCCAGGUGUCCAAGCCUUCAAACUCAAGUGUUUCCAAGCCUGUUCUCCAGAUCAUAACAUAUUCAAGAAGCAUCUACUGGCACACGUGA